ACUUAUCAGCAUUCGUUAAAUUUACAGAUUUAAGUCUAUAACAGUGUAAUAAAAUUGUCGCUAGCGGUUGUUUUGUGUCGUACACAGACUUUUAACUGAAGCUAGCGAGAUAGCGUUAGCCAGCUCACUUCAUUAAUGUUAACUUACCUAAAUGUAAAACUUGAACGUUGUUGACCGUUGAGAUGUAUUUACUUUUUGAUAAAUGUUUAUACGAGUGAAAAAUAUUGAGAAAGCUGGAUGCUGAUGUCCUGCUCGGUGCAGCACAUGUGGCCCCUCUGACAUCCCGGUCCCUUCGGAUGUGAACCACCACCUAUAGCCCAUCAGUUCCCUCGGUGCUGAAACCAUGUCCAGCCAGAAAGGAGCAACCCCCUCUCUACGUUUCGGCCAAGUGGUCAUUGGACCCCCAGGUUCAGGUAAAACCACUUACUGCCAAGGGAUGCAAGAGUUCCUGACUCACCUGGGACGCAAGGUGGUCGUGGUGAACAUGGACCCUGCUAAUGAAGGACUACCAUAUUCCUGUGCGGUAGACAUCUCAGAGUUGGUUACUCUGGACGAUGUCAUGGAGGGCUUGAAGCUUGGGCCCAAUGGUGGGCUCCUUUACUGUAUGGAGUACGCUGAAGCAAAUCUGGACUGGUUAGAGAGCAAGCUCAAACAGCACAGUGACUGCUACUUCCUGUUUGACUGUCCUGGACAGGUGGAGCUCUACACCCACCAGAGUUCAGUAAAGAAUAUAUUCUCACAGCUGGCCAAGUGGAAUUUCAGGCUGACCGCAGUGCACCUUGUAGACUCUCAUUACUGUGCUGACCCAGCCAAGUUCAUCUCCGUGCUGUGUACCUCCCUGUCCACCAUGCUGCAUGUGGAGCUCCCCCACGUCAAUGUCCUCUCUAAGAUGGACUUGAUUGAGCAGUAUGGCAAACUGGCCUUCAACCUUGACUUUUACACAGAGGUCAUGGAUCUGACCUAUCUUCUUGAUCACCUGGCUGCAGAUCCUUUCUUUAAAAGAUUCCGCCAUCUAAAUGAAAAGCUGGUGGAGGUCGUCCAGGAUUAUGGCCUUGUCUCCUUUGUGCCUCUCAAUGUACAGGAUAAAGAGAGCAUGAUUCAGGUCUUACGAGCAGUGGACAAAGCCAACGGCUACUGCUUUGGAGACCUGGAGGAGAGGAAUCUGCAGGCCAUGAUGUCAGCUGCUGUGGGGGCAGACUUCCAGUUUGACUCUACUCUUGGAGUGCAAGAGAGGUAUGUUGAAACCAGUGGAAAGACUGUGGAGGAGGAAAUGAUGGACCUGUAAAUUGCAAAGCUUAAUUAAAAGGACUAAACUGGUUGCCUUUUUAGCACUGAGUAUACCAGGGGAGUCUUGGCAACAUCCAUCUCAGUUGGCCUGAAUACUGAGCCCACCUCUCUGUCUCUCUCUCUGCAAAAGCAGUGGAGAAACAGGAACUAAAUUUGGGUGCUGUAGAUGCUCCAAGGUUGCACCACACCUCAUGGAAAUCACAUGAAUGACUGAAAGGGAGUAAGUGCUUAACUUUGCUUUAGUUAUCAAAGAGAGUAGUGUGAUUAAUUGUUUUUUCUCUUCUGUUGUCUUUAUAGAAAACAAUAAAAGAUAUUUUCAGUAGCUGCAA